CUGAAAAAUAGGAGAACAAAAAAGAAGUAGUAAACAGGCCCGAACAUUUCCACUUGAAUUCAACAAUCCCUGCGCCAUCGCUCCUUCUUCGAGAUCUGGUGAGCCUCAGCUCCUUCCCUCCACGCUUGAAUCACCGCUCCAUCCUUUUUUCAAGCUUCAGAUGAAAGAUAGUAAAGAUGGAACGAAGUCUGACAGGUCCUCGAAACCUGCUUCUACUGACUCUUAUCCACUUGUUCUGGACAUUGAUGACUUUAAGGGGGAGUUUUCUUUUGAUGCAUUAUUUGGAAACUUGGUGAAUGAACUAUUACCAUCUUAUCAAGCUGAAGAAAAAGAUUCAUCUGAAGGUCAUGGAACCCACUCCGAUUCUCUAGCAAAUGGAAAUGUGCGAAUGGCACCAGAUGCAGGAAAGGCAGUUCAGGGGCAAUUAAGUCCCCUGUUCCCCGAAGUUGAUGCUUUACUAGAUUUAUUUAAGAACUCUUGUACGCAAUUGAUUGAUCUCAGGAAACAGAUUGAUGGGAAGCUUAACAAUCUCAAGAAAGAAGUUGAUGUUCAAGACUCAAAGCACAAGAGAACACUUGCUGAGCUAGCAAAAGGUGUAGAUGGCUUGUUUGACAGCUUUGCACGUCUGGAUUCUCGUAUAUCUAGUGUGGGCCAAACCGCUGCCAAAAUUGGAGAUCAUCUGCAGAAUGCAGAUGCACAGCGAGAAAAUGCUAGUCAAACUAUAGAGCUUGUUAAGUACUUGAUGGAGUUUAAUGGUAGUCCUGGAGAUCUGAUGGAACUCUCUCCUUUAUUCUCCGAUGAUAGUCGCGUCGCUGAGGCUGCUUCAAUUGCACAGAAAUUGAGGUCAUUUGCUGAGGAAGAUGUUGGAGGACACGGUACAACGGGGAAUGCAAUGGCAAGUAGAGGAUUGGAAGUUGCUGUUGCUAACCUCCAAGAAUACUGCAAUGAGUUGGAAAACAGAUUAUUAACACGUUUUGACGGAGCUUCACAAAGACGGGAGUUGAAUACAAUGGCAGAAUGUGCGAAAAUUUUGUCAAAGUUUAACAGGGGUACUAGUGCCAUGCAACACUAUGUUGGACUGCGUCCGAUGUUUGAUUUGGAAGUCAUGAAUGCAGAUGCUAGAUUAGUUUUCGGUGAUCAAGGAUCCCAACCUAGCCCUAGCAAUGUUGCACGUGGUCUUUCUUCAGUGUAUAAAGAAGUUACAGACACCGUGAGAAAAGAAGCGGCCACUAUAAUGGCAGUAUUUCCUUCACCAAAUGAUGUCAUGUCAAUAUUGGUUCAGCGGGUUUUAGAAGAUCGAGUUCCAAAACUUUUAGAGAAGCUAUUGACGAAGCCAUCUCUUGUCAAUCCACCUCCAACUGAUGAAGGUGGACUAAUACUGUAUCUCAGACUAUUGGCUGUGGCAUAUGACAAAACACUGGAGCUUGCUAGAGAUUUACGUGGGGUUGGGUGUGGUGACUUGGAUGUUGAAGGCCUAACAGAAUCUCUGUUCCUCCCGCACAAGGAUAUUUACAUCGAGUAUGAACAGGCCUCUCUCAGGCAACUUUACAAAGCUAAGAUGGAGGAGCUUCAUUCUGAAAGCCAGCAAUCGUCUGAGUCAUCUGGCACUAUAGGACGCUCUAAGGGCAAUUCAAUGACAUUGUCUCACCAGCAAAUAUCUGUUACGGUGGUGACAGAGUUUGUGCGAUGGAAUGAAGAAGCAAUAUCUAGAUGCACCUUGUUUUCAUCACAGCCUGCAACACUUGCUGCCUAUGUAAGAGCUGUUUUCACUUGCCUUUUGGACCAAGUUAGUAUGUACAUUACUGAAGGCCUUGAGAGAGCCAGGGACAGCUUAACUGAAGCUGCAGCUUUGAGGGAAAGAUUUGUGUUAGGAACUAGUGUUAGUAGAAGGGUUGCUGCUGCGGCUGCUUCAGCUGCAGAAGCUGCUGCUGCUGCUGGGGAAAGCAGUUUCAAAUCUUUCAUGGUGGCUGUUCAACGUUGUGGGAGCAGUGUGGCUAUUGUGCAACAAUACUUUGCCAACUCUAUAUCCCGUCUUUUAUUACCUGUUGACGGUGCACAUGCUGCCUCCUGCGAAGAAAUGGCAACAGCCAUGUCAAGUGCUGAGGGUGCUGCUUAUAAGGGUCUUCAACAAUGCAUUGAAACUGUUAUGGCUGAGGUGGAACGUCUGCUAUCAACGGAACAGAAGGCAACAGAUUAUCGGUCACCUGAUGAUGGCAUUGCCCCUGAUCAUCGACCAACCAUUGCCUGUACAAGAGUUGUUGCUUACCUGUCCCGAGUACUUGAAUCUGCAUUUACUGCACUUGAUGGGCUCAACAAACAAGCAUUUCUCAGUGAACUGGGAAACCGCCUUCAUAAAGGUUUACUUAAUCACUGGCAGAAGUUUACUUUCAAUCCUAGUGGAGGAUUGCGCUUGAAACGUGAUAUAACAGAGUAUGGGGAGUUUGUUCGUAGCUUCAAUGCCCCUUCAGUAGAUGAGAAAUUCGAACUGCUGGGAAUCAUGGCAAAUGUCUUCAUUGUCGCUCCCGAAAGCCUCUCCUCUCUUGUUGAGGGAACCCCAAGCAUCAGGAAAGAUGCACAGAGGUUUAUUCAGCUUCGAGAGGACUACAAGAGUGCAAAGCUUGCCUCCAAGCUCAGCUCCUUGUUUGGCUAAGGCACCUAUGUUACCUCAUACAGAAGCUGCAUUCUAGAGAAAAGUCUUUGACAGAGUGACAUAGCCUUUAUUUAGAGGGGCAUGCUGGUCUUUUAAAUUAUGACCUAUGUAAAUUAUAAUUAUUGUUGAUUAAUACAUUAUAAAAGAUCAAACUCUGUAAUUUAUAAACAAUACAUAUGGGCAUAGUCUAGUUACGGAUGAGAUUUGUUUACUCUUUUACGCUUUUACGGGCAUAGUCUAAUUUAUAAAGCCUUGUGAUUGAGAAACCUCCCUACGAUUACAUUGAAGGUGUUAACCGGUCACAUUUGUCACCUUGUUAGUACCUACUGUUAUUUUAUCUCAAAUGCACAAUUGUGCCUCCGGGAA